GAAAUGGUCACAGCUCCCACUUUGUGGUCGUCCGUGCCGGAUCCUUUCGACCUGAGUACUGACUCUCGCACAUGGACACACUACGUGGAAUCUGUUGAAUUCCAAGCUAGAAAAGUAACAUGGCAUGUCGAUCCUUCCAUCAUGCGGAAGCAACCGCGGAAGAAUGCAGAGCACACUUUAUCUGAUGUCGACCGCGCAGUUAAACGAGUCGGUGCCUGGUCACGUCUGGUUAUGACGCUCAUUCCAUAUCGAGAUGUUGUAAGCAUUCAGCACAUUUGGUCACCUGUGGAUCCCUCAAUUUCGAAGCGAGCGUGGGAGUUUCACCUCUACGAUCUCAGACAAUCUGUCGUCUUGCUUGAAACGGAGACGCAUCAAGCGGGCCCAGAGUUCUGCGGCGUGUCCCCGAGACAUUUUGACUUUCAGGCCGGGACAUCGACGCCGACCCAUGAGCAGUGGCUUGUUCUGAGCGAGCGCCGAGCUUCCGCCUUGCUGCGCCGGCAUUUACAGCUCGGCACGCAAUCCUCGGAUGAUUUUUUCUUCUUGUGGCAGAGAAGCAUGAGCCCGUAUUGCUGCCCCAGCUACAUGGCGGGCAUCACCUCGAUGAUUCGCUUGCCUUGUUUUCGGCAUACAGAUGUGAAGCUUCCUGCGAUUGAAAAUACUCCUGACGACGUUUUUCUGCGUCUUGAGUAUGUAAGCGCAGACUGUACUCUUCUUGCAGAUCUGCAUGGUCACGCCAAAGACAGAUUUGUAUCCUUUGUCCAGGAAAGCCACAGCUACUAUGUCGAGGGGCGCAAAGAGUUUCGGGCAGACGAAGUUAUCCAGAAGAUGAUGGCAAGUCAUCGCUGGCCCCGACCAGAAUAUUCGCACCAUGUGGGCGACACCGUCGUGCCCUUCACCGCAGACGAGAUCAAGCAGAUGUGGUCACGGAACGCGAGAGAGGCAGCUGCCAGAGGAACCUGGAUGCACUUGCAGGUUGAAGUUCUGUUGAAUGCCGGCUCUGUUCAGGACGACUGCAUCGAGCUUCGCUUGUUCAGGCAAUUUCUUCAAGAGUUUCCAGAUGUUUGCGGUGGCCGUUGCUCCUACGGCUUCGUUGCAAGGACGUUGCGGCCUGCCGAGUUGGAUGGGACAGGGAUGCGUGAUUCCUACAUCCACGACGAGGUCGGCGGUGCGAUGACACCUGAGAUUUUGGAGUUGCUUCCACCUUAUUUCUUCUCCGGCGACUUCCUCAGCACUUGUCGGUGUCGUGUAUGUCCCAACCAACUCAUGGACUAUUUGGGUGGUGCUUCUUCUCAAGAGUCCUUCGAUGCCCGCAUAUUACAGGACAUCGCGGAUGAGAUGGAGGUUGCAACGCCCGAAGAGAUCGUGCCCUCUGCUGCGGUUGAUGCAGACAAUGCAGACGAACAGCCUGCCGAAGCUGACUUAGCUUUGGCCAUACCUUGUCCGGGACUUUCUCCGGAGGCGCUUGUCUCUGCAAAAAAAAGACGCCUGAUGCCCGGAGCAUCUACCUCUGGGCAAGACUUCGAGGCUUUGUUCGAUCUCACGUCAGAGGCAUGUUCAUCCUCCUUGAGUUCAUUUCCUGCCGUCGACGAGCAGCAACCAGUGGCAGCCGACAUGGCCUGA